ACAGCAGCCAGCUGACUGGGGUUCAGAUUAACCUUCGCUGAGGGAGCGCACAGUGACUGAGGGGCACGGAGCUGUCGGGCGCGGUCUCACUUCCUCCUCGGGACGUCCAGGUUACAGGCAGCAGGAGGCUCCCCCGUCGCCAUGGCGCAGCAGGCUAUCAGCUCCCCCUUCCUCCGGCCCUUCUUUCUCAAGACCCCGGUGAGCGUGGCCAGCCCCGGGCGCCAGCGCCGCCACACGCUCCCCGCCAGCGAGUUCCGCAACCUCACGCCGCAGGACGCCAUCAGCGUGUUCGAGAUCGAGAGGGAAGCUUUUAUCUCAGUGUCCGGGGAGUGCCCACUCACCCUGGAGGAGGUUCUGGGCUUCCUGGGCCAGUGUCCGGAGCUGUCCCUGGGCUGGUUUGAGGAGGGACAGCUGGUGGCCUUCAUCAUCGGCUCCGGCUGGGACAAGGAGCGCUUGGCACAGGAGGCCAUGACCAGGCACGUUGCGGACACGACAGCGGUGCACAUCCACGUGCUCUCGGUGCACCGGCACUGCCGGCAGCAGGGCAAGGGCUCCAUCCUGCUGUGGCGCUACCUGCAGUACCUGCGCUGCCUGCCGCGCCUGCGCCGCGCCCUGCUGGUCUGCGAGGAGUUCCUGGUGCCCUUCUACCUCAAGGCCGGCUUCAAGGAGAAGGGGCCCUCCGCCAUCAGCGUGGGCUCCUUCGCCUUCAUGGAGAUGGAGUACCUGCUCGGGGGCCUGGCCUACGCCCGGCGGAACAGCGGCUGCUAGCGCCGCCCGCCGUCCCCGGCUCUGUCACCGCCUCCGGAGAGGGCUCCCCUCACCCACAACACCAGUGCCACACAGACUCUGCCGCAGACUCACCCGAGUCUGACCAAUGAUCUACCUGUUCACCCAGCUCGUCCUCAGACCAGUCAAAUCACCUCAUAAAGAAGUACAGGACGGCUGCACCACAAGCGGCGUUCGUGUUGUCUUAUCUCACGUAGGGGUGCCUUAUCCCAGGCAAUGAACUGUAACGACAGGCAGACAUUAUCUGUCUGAAGACCCCCCAAGGUCCACCUCAGCCUUCCUUAACCUUUUACAAUCGUCGACCUCAACAAGCCGCAAAGGGCCAGCGUGAUCUGGCAGAGAGAGAGAGUGAGUGAGUUCAGACUGGACUGAUGCGAUCAGGCCUUCAUCAUCAAGAGACUGUCCACAGAAACCCAGAAUCCUCACACCACACUCGGACUGAACGCUCUAGAAACCCAGCACUGGUCACAAAGCCACGAUCUGUCUCUUACUCACAGCAGUCCAAUCAAAUGCACUGACCAAGAUGGGGCAAUUUCAGUCAUACAAGCUUUGUUAACUUUUUAACUGUAAUUCAGAAAAUAUGUUCCAUUGUGCUUUAGAAAAAGGGGCACUUCAGUACUGUACUGUAAAUACCAUUUUCUUUUAUAAAACCUAUGGAAUUUGUGCAUUUCAAUACUCACUGUCUGUAAGAGAACUGCUGGCAUAUUUUUGCUUUUAAUGUGCUCUGCAAUGUAUGAUGUAACUGCAAACCAAAGAUUCAAGCAGAACCCGUCUUAAAAAAUCUGUUAGAAAUGGUACUUGCAAUUUGCUAUGACAUUACAAAUGUCAUUUUUAUCAUAUCACAUCAUUUUUCAAAAUCUGAGAUGUGAAAUAAAAGUUUAAAGACACCCUUUAUGACAUUCUGAUAUGACAAACUACAACUUUUAAGCAAGAUAUGGGCAUGUUUGGAAUACAGAAUCUUUUCCAACUGUCAUAAUAAGCAGAGUAAGUGUUUCUAUUCAUACACUGAAAAAUAAUCCCAGAAGUCUCCAUGUGCACAUAAAACAGUGUUUUCAUUUUAUACAUAUUCUAUUCUCCAACUGUACUGUGGAAGUGUCAUAAGACGUUCUGCCUUGUGCGGCCAUGCUCACGAUGCCAUUGUUGUUGAAGGAAAAUGCCAGUGAAGCUGCUCCUCAUUUUUAAAGCGAAGCUGUGCGCCAUAUUUCUGGGUCUAAAAUGGUCAUUUAUUUCCUGAAAAGUAUGCUCCAGAACAUACUCAGCAAAACCCUGUAAGUAUAUCAUCCUGGGAUUUUAAGUACACCAGAUUUAGAGAAAUGUUUGCCAACUUAACAUCUUUCUCACACAGUGUACUCAACAAGCAUACUCAAAAGUAGAGAAGUGUGCUGGAUCGGACACACCACCCAACCUAUAUCGCACUCAUCAGACCAAACACACAGAUGCCAAAGAAAGAACCACACGAACACAUCAUCAGGCAGCACGAGGCACUCUCUUGCUGUAUUCUCAGUUACAAGUAAGUAGGUGGUAGCUAAAACACUACCUCUUGUCAUUCAUCACCACUUUAGUAGCAGUAAACAAAUAAA